UCCGCCGCGCCUCGCCGUCGCCCCCGCCCCGCCCGCUGCCCGCCGGCCCCGGGCCCCGCGCCGCGGCCGCAGCCCCGCCGCCGCCCCCGCCGCCGGGGACAUGUCUAACCCCGGGGGCCGGAGGAACGGGCCCGUCAAGCUGCGCCUGACAGUACUCUGUGCAAAAAACUUGGUGAAAAAGGAUUUUUUCCGACUUCCUGAUCCAUUUGCUAAGGUGGUGGUUGAUGGAUCUGGGCAAUGCCAUUCUACAGAUACUGUGAAGAACACACUCGAUCCAAAGUGGAAUCAGCAUUAUGACCUGUACAUCGGAAAGUCUGAUUCAGUUACGAUCAGUGUAUGGAAUCACAAGAAGAUCCAUAAAAAACAAGGUGCUGGAUUUCUUGGUUGUGUUCGCCUUCUUUCCAAUGCCAUCAACCGCCUCAAAGACACUGGUUAUCAGAGGUUGGAUCUAUGCAAACUUGGGCCAAAUGACAAUGAUACUGUUAGAGGACAGAUAGUAGUUAGUCUUCAGUCCCGAGACCGAAUAGGCACAGGAGGACAAGUCGUGGACUGCAGCCGUUUGUUUGAUAAUGAUUUACCAGACGGCUGGGAAGAAAGACGAACUGCCUCUGGAAGAAUCCAGUAUCUAAACCACAUAACAAGAACUACGCAGUGGGAACGUCCAACACGACCGGCAUCUGAAUAUUCUAGUCCUGGCAGACCUCUUAGCUGCUUUGUUGAUGAGAACACUCCAAUUAGUGGAACAAAUGGUGCAACAUGUGGACAGUCUUCAGAUCCCAGACUGGCAGAGAGGAGAGUCAGGUCACAACGACAUAGAAAUUACAUGAGCAGGACACAUUUACAUACUCCUCCAGACCUACCAGAAGGCUAUGUGUUUCUUAAUUUUACAGAACAGAGGACAACACAACAAGGUCAGGUAUAUUUCUUACAUACUCAGACUGGUGUGAGCACAUGGCAUGAUCCAAGAGUGCCUAGGGAUCUUAGCAACAUCAAUUGUGAAGAGCUUGGUCCGUUGCCUCCUGGAUGGGAGAUCCGUAAUACGGCAACAGGCAGAGUUUAUUUCGUUGACCAUAACAACAGAACAACACAGUUUACAGAUCCUCGGCUCUCUGCUAACUUGCAUUUAGUUCUAAAUCGGCAGAACCAAUUGAAAGACCAACAGCAACAGCAAGUGGUAUCGUUAUGUCCUGAUGACACAGAGUGUCUGACAGUCCCACGAUACAAGCGAGACCUGGUUCAAAAACUGAAAAUUUUACGGCAAGAGCUCUCCCAACAACAGCCUCAGGCUGGCCAUUGCCGCAUUGAAGUUUCCAGGGAAGAGAUUUUUGAGGAAUCAUAUCGACAGGUCAUGAAAAUGAGACCAAAAGAUCUCUGGAAGCGAUUAAUGAUAAAAUUUCGUGGAGAAGAAGGCCUUGACUAUGGAGGGGUUGCCAGGGAGUGGUUAUAUCUCUUGUCGCAUGAAAUGUUGAAUCCGUACUAUGGCCUCUUCCAGUAUUCAAGAGAUGAUAUCUAUACCUUGCAGAUCAAUCCUGAUUCUGCAGUUAAUCCGGAACAUUUAUCGUAUUUCCACUUUGUUGGACGAAUAAUGGGAAUGGCAGUGUUUCAUGGACAUUACAUUGAUGGUGGUUUCACGUUGCCGUUUUAUAAGCAGUUGCUUGGGAAGUCAAUUACUUUGGAUGACAUGGAGUUAGUUGAUCCAGAUCUGCAUAACAGUUUAGUGUGGAUACUUGAGAAUGAUAUUACAGGUGUUUUGGACCAUACCUUCUGUGUUGAACAUAACGCAUAUGGUGAAAUUAUUCAGCAUGAACUUAAACCAAAUGGCAAGAGUAUCCCUGUUACUGAAGAAAAUAAAAAAGAAUAUGUCAGGCUCUAUGUGAACUGGAGAUUCUUACGAGGCAUUGAGGCGCAAUUCCUCGCUCUACAGAAGGGAUUUAAUGAAGUAAUUCCACAGCAUCUGCUGAAGACAUUUGAUGAGAAGGAGUUAGAGCUCAUUAUUUGUGGACUUGGAAAGAUAGACGUUAAUGACUGGAAGGUAAACACCCGGUUAAAACACUGUACACCAGACAGCAAUGUCGUCAAGUGGUUCUGGAAAGCUGUGGAGUUUUUUGAUGAGGAACGACGAGCACGGUUACUUCAGUUUGUGACAGGAUCGUCCAGAGUGCCUCUGCAGGGCUUCAAAGCUUUACAAGGUGCUGCGGGCCCGCGGCUCUUCACCAUCCACCAGAUUGACGCCUGCACUAACAACCUGCCCAAAGCCCACACUUGCUUCAAUCGCAUAGACAUUCCGCCUUACGAAAGCUAUGAAAAGUUAUAUGAAAAGCUGCUAACAGCCAUCGAAGAAACAUGUGGAUUUGCUGUGGAAUGAACUUCAAGGACCUACCCAGGACUCUAUUUAUGCCCCCGACCGACAGCCUCCUUUCAGCAGAGUUCCAAGGAAUGCUGAAACACAGGAAAAUGCCCUCCCCCCUUUAAAUUUUAGGACACUGUGAGGGGAAAGGACAAUUUUGAAAUUCCUUUUCAAGGAAAAAAGAGGUCUUUAUGCUUUGCCAUGAGGCCACAUUCAGCUGCUAUUUAAAAUUAAUAUCUUGAACCUAAAGAAUGCUGACUUUUCCUGCAUUUCCAGAGUUAGGCAGUAUUCUACACUUAAAGACUACUACUAUUUUUCUACAAGGUAAUCUACUCAGAUCGCUUCACACACUUCAAGUCUCUCAAACGUCAAGACAACUUCAGCAGUCGGUACAAGUCACGUUGCAUUUUGAUUGAACACAUGAUUGGAACAGCUCCUGUACUCGCUCUUUGUAAAAGAAAAGAAAAUAAAAUUAUUUUGAAUUAUUCUACCUUUGUAAACAAUUGGCUAAAAGAAUCAUUAUCUUUAAAAAAUUAAGCCAUUUACAUGUUUAAUUAACAUUUUUCUAUAGCAAAGCAUUAUAUUCUAAAAGCAUUAUAUGUUUCAACUUAGCCUAAGUGCGUCUUUUUUAUAUUUUUCAAGCAUGAAUUUCCUGGAAUACAGCUAUAUAAUUUUGGUUGUCAAAUUCCUAAUGCAACCAUUUAGUCUAAACUUAGUAGCUUAUUUGCUAUAAUAAGAUGCAUUCAGGGGCUCCCUGUUUUUAAGAGACUUAAAAAGAAAUCCUAAUUUUUUAAUAUUGAAUCAGUAUGAUCAGGUAUUUUGGAUUGACUUUUCAUCUUAAAUGGAAAUACUGCGUUUAUAUAGUUCCUCCAAUCACGUGGCUGGGGUAAGAUUUUCAUUCUUUCGCUGGGUCAGCUUAUCUUUAAUAUAUAUUCUAUUUCUGUAAACCAAAGUCUCCUAUGACAAGUGCACCUAAUUUAUAUUAUAUUUUAAUUAUGGUCUAAGUUUCUCUCAAGUAAACCAUCCUGAAUCUUUCUUGAGCUGCUCAUGGUAUUUUAAUCAGCUAAAAUUAUGAAAAAGGAAAAAUUUUGCUCUAAAGAUUAUUUAGCAAGUUUAGAAAACCCUGCUUUUACCCAACAAAAUGAAGUGGGGGUGAUGGGGCAGGCAGGGGCUGUGAUUACUAAAGGAACAGUGACUCUGACUCUAUGGUAUAAAUUACUUUAACACAGAAGAGUUAAUUUUGGAAGUAAGGGAAUCCCAGUUCCCUUGGUGUUAAGAGAUCAACAUCUGAUUUUGAAAUACCCAGAUUGAGCUUUCAAGGUGUGUGGCACGUUGCAUGAUCCAGAAGGCAACCAAAAUUCUGGAAUGAGGGUUUGGAGAAAUUUGGAAUCAUGGGUGGAGUUUUAAAUUCAGCCAUCAGAAAUCUCUACACUGUUCUGUUGUUGUUUUUUUUUUUACAUUGAUGUAAAAUCAAGAAUAGCAAAUUUUGAUGAGAUAGCUUUGUUUAAGUUUGCAGCGUAAUUAUCAAGUGAAUAGGCCCUUUGUGUUCUUUCAUUUGACGGACUGGUUUUCAGUCUGUGUUCUUGGAGCCAGGAGGUUCUUCAGGGGUGCCUCAGAAGUACUGGUUUAAGAGAGGAAGGACAAAGAGAAGGAGAGGGAAGGCCUACUUGGUGUUUGAGCGGGGGCCUCUAACUCCCCACCCCCGCUCCCUUGACCCAGAGCAGCUCCAGGUUUUCUCUUUUAUAUAUUGGGAUUCCAAGUAAGCUUUCAUGGAAGGCAGGGGGAUAGGUGGGAUAAAAGAAGUGGAAAUUUUGCUGCUUAAAAAAAAUGUUCAGAACUACUUGUGUAGUUUCUAAGUAUUUAAAUUUAUUUCAUUAAUCCAAAUUUGACUGCUACAUGCAAUCUAGUCAUAAUCGUAACUGUGCAGUGGUAAUGUGCUUAUUCUGACCUUUUUCUUCCCAAACACUUUGUGUUUUCCUACCACAUUCUUUAGUACUGAAGAACAUCUUGAAAUGUACAGAGAAAGUUUCUAUACGAUUUGAUUAUCAGUAGUUUCCAGCUUCCACAAUAGUACCUACUGGCUGCAGGUCCAUCUCUCUUAUUUAAAGCACUAGUGCAGUGUAAUUGUGCCUACUCUUACAGCCUUUCAGUAAAAGUAAGGACACGAUGAACGCUUCAGAGACGUCCUAACUGACGGAUGCGGUGAUAGUGAAAUGCUGCUGUCACAGUGUAUAAUAUAAUGCCGGCAAAUACCAUCGCUUUUUGAGUGCCUUUUUAACUUUAUAAUAAUGACUUAAUGGAGCUUUAAAAGAAAUAAAUUACCCUCCCUAACAGUCUCUGGUAUCACCAACAUAAUUUAUAAAAGCAUGAUGAUUUAUAUUUCAUUUUCAAAAUUGUUACCUGAUUACUUCCAGAUAGGUGCUAAGCAAACAAACCCCCAGUGUGUCCCUGAACCUUGGACUUGCACCUCACGUUGAAUGUGAAUAUUUAUUUCCACACGCCCCUCUUGACUGGGUUUUCCUGAUCCUUCCCCUAGUUAUUUCCGAUGCGUGAUGUCACCCUCCCAUACAUUGCCUGUCCACCACGAAUGCUUAACUCUGAACAGUGCUUCCCUUUAGAGCUCACGGGCGGGACAGAGGUGAGUUCUGUUUCCGAGGGUCUCGUUCUUGAUGUAAAGAGUGUUUCAAUAGUGCUGUGUAUAGUGUACAUUUUGUUUUGCACAUAGUUUGUUGCCCUGAAUGGGUUUUAUUUUUACCAAGUCUUUUGUUUUUUUCUUGUAUUUACAGUCCAGAGCACAAGUUUCCUUUCUUUUAAAAUUACAAUGUCCUUUGCUUUAUUUUACAACACUAAGUCUGCAUGACCGUCUGGUGCAUUGAACUGGCCGCACUGAUGGAGUUAGGGAUGGUCCGGGCAUCUUUACAGUGUGGUAAGAGCAGCUCCUGCUUCCGUUGUCAGCUUAGUGUGUCAGCGGGGCCUUUGUGGUAUUUAAUGUUCUCAUGUUAGGGUGAUGGUUGUACCAAAUGCUGAGUUGUUCUGUUUCUAGAUGUAAUUAGUUCACUUAAUGUAAUAUUCUUCCUUCUCUCAAACUGACUUUACAAAGUUUUAUCAUUUUCAUUGUAUUUGUAUUUAUUACAGAGUGUUUUAGCUUUGAUAUUCUUUGUAUUUUCACUCAGUUGUUACAUGAGCUUUAUCAAUAACAUCUGUAUAAAUGGUUUUUAAAAAUUAACUAUGUAUGUGCCCAUGCCGAAGUUGAGCAAUAAAAUGAAUGCUGUUUGCACUGUCACAGCAUCAAAGUUUUUAAAGAA